CGCCAGUACCUCUUGUGCACUUGUUCAACAGCACUUAAUAUAGUCUAGUAAAAGAUUGAACACUCAUUCAGAAGUUAGUUCAGAAAUCAUUAUGUAUCAUCGCUCACAAUCAUUAUAUCGCUCAUAAUAACCCUAAACCCUAAACCCAAACGCUACGACAAACAAAUAAUCUUCAAGUUAUAGGACAUGACGAAGUCGCAUCCUGUAAAUAAGUCAUGCUACACUUGGUCGAGUAACUGUCGUGCUAGAGAACGUAAACGCAUGUACUUAUGCUACUUUUACUAGAGUUGAAUCAGUAGUACAUGCUAGUGCAUCUUCCUCUCCUUCAUGUAGAUUGUCAAUCAUUUAUUCAGCAGUCACAGUGAUACUAGUUAUUCUUCAAUCUUCCGAAAUAGUUAGUCAGUUGUUAGUAGAACAAGAAUAAGAUCAAGAUGUCCCCCCGUCAAGGCUUCGGUGCUUAUUUCGGAGGAGGAAGUGCAAAAGUGGGGCCUCUGGAAGAUGACCCUCUGGGCAACACUACAACAGAGGGGGGCAGUGCGUCAUCCUCAAACAUUAAGGAUAAUUGUACUGAAACUCAACUAAGUUGAAUUUGUGAUGAGAAGUGUUGUAUCAUACAUUUUUACGCGGAUCAAUGGUUAUGGUGUGCACGUGGAAUACGAUCAUGAGUGCAAGAUGCAACUUGAACAAUAUCUAUAAUAUGAGCGAAACUUUUGUGAAGUAGAGCACUACACUCACAGGGAUCACAUACAUGUACCCCUCAGUGCCACAUCUAAUCCUAGUUCGAACGCAGGUGACGACCACUCACAUGACCUGUUGGGUGUCACAACUACUGGCGACCACUCACAUGACAACGCCUACCAAAAUCAACAACAUGAAACAAUAAGACGAGAUAAAAAACUACGACGAGCUGAACCAGAAGGAGCUUCUUCACGACAGUCGUCAAAGGAGCAAGACGUACCGGGCUACACAGACAGUGGUUUAUCACUUCGACAGUUGCUAAGAGACGGUGCCGUAGACGGCGAACGCCUACAUUCCAAAUUCAGUAGUGCCCUCUCCAACCGGCAUCCAGGGCACACUUCAAUCUUCGAAGAAAAAGGAUCACCGCAGGGUCCUGUUAAGGCUUUUUUAACUUGAGUCACAUGCUAGACACAAAGUGUGUGAGAUAGAUUUACUGAUAGAGAAACCCAAAGACAUUGUAACUCACUACAACACGACGAGGCACGACAUUGGCUAGUUUUCACUAUAUAUAAGAACUUUUUUCCACAAAUGACAAAAUAUAGAGUUUUCCUGGUAAGUACGCGAUCUUCUCGACCAAACAUGAACUACAAGUUCAUCUUCUAAUCUGCGCAAGAGAAGCUGGCUCUUUUCGUUGAUUUUCCGCAAGAACUGCUUCCUUUUCCUCGGAGGCGGACGCUGGUCACAAUUCCUGGUUACAGCGUUGCUGAUUACCGUUUUCGGCUGCUUUGGCCGAUUCGGAGUCGUCCUGGAAGAACAAUGGGUCGGCGCUUACUCCAGAAAAUACGAGAAAUGGGCAAAUAUGCCCAUGGCGACUCAUCGUUAUGAGAUAGAGAAUCGGGCUUAUUUGAUGAAAGAACUCUCUAGUUGUUCUCAAUCAAUCUGGAGGUAAUUAGAUCUGGUUCACCAAAUACAGGUUCUCUACUUAGCUUUCAUUGUUGUACUUUUUUGUUAGUUCUUUAUACGAUAAUUCCACCAACCUCCGCUUUUGUUUCCUCAUGAUCGGCAAUCAGUAUAGAAAAUAAAUGCCUUUCGUGCUCUUUGUCCUGUCUCUCUCUCGUCUUCUAACGUUUGGUCCGAUUGGAGCCUUUUCUGAUGUACAUUCGAUUUCUCCUGGUCGUCGGACUUUUUGGGAUUAUCCAGCCUUUAUCUGCAAUUGUCAAAAUUUUCGCUACCAGCGUGUUUGCCGAAAAAGAAGCCAAGAUGAUGGAGAUUCAAUUCGUAUACGGAUUGCCAAAAUUCACCUAUUGGUCAGCCAACAUGAUAUUCUUCAUGCUUCUGGCAGGCACGGCGUUGUUUGUUUCGCAUCUCUGCGGUCUCAUGUUUUUGACGUGGGCCAACGUGGAAUUCACUCUGAUGGCAACACUAUUUAAGGCCUCACGUAAUUCAUCUUUGAGUUCAUCUGCGGGCUGUUUUCAAGUAGAAAAGCGGGCACAGAUGAGGUGGAAAAUGCUGGAUUAUAGUGCGGUCUUCUAAACUAUGGGAAUGGCGAAUCCUAUACGCAGCACCCAUAUUCGCGAUUUUGGGAGCCUUCUUCGCUGCUGCGACUCUAGCCGUCUUUUGCGAUAAAAGAGAAACUUUUGAAAGUACUAUUUUAUUUGCUCAUCUAGCUGUCUUUUGCGAUAAAAGAGAAACUUUCGAAAGUACUAUUUUAUCUGCUCAUCUAGCUGUCUUUUCCGAUAAAAGGGAAACUUUUGAGAGUACUUUUCUAUCUUCUGUCUAAGGUCGGUCUUUCCAAGAAGAAUAGGACACUUUUAUGAGCUAGAGGCAGUUCACACGUCAUUAUAAAAAAGACUAACACGAAGGCAAUACCUAUGUAAAGAAACUACUCACAUUUUUUUCCCAUUUUUGACGCCCUCCAAACAAACAAACUAUUCUCGCAAAAUUUAAUACAUCAGGUUGGGUAG